AUGAACAAUGUACCAUUGCAAGUGAUUCUGAUUCACAAAAUUAUUAAAACAAAGGGGGAUCAAGAAGAUAUGAUAUUGCCAGACUCUGAUUAAGAGGAUUAAUGUCCAACUCCAAAUACAAACAAAGAAAAUGGAGAUAAUGAAUCACGAUUAAGAUUAAAGAUGAAGCAACUUAGAUUCAGCAAUUAAAAUCAAGUCUAUUAUUUCUCUCAGAAUGGAAGAUCCUCUCCAAAUCAAUCUCCUGCUCUUUCUCCAAAAUAUUCUCCAAAUUCACUCUAAUCUAUUCUAAAACCUAAAAGUUGCUCCAUAUUCGGAUAGGCGAAGAGAUGA